AGCCAGGAAACCCAAGAGGAAAUGACUGAGCCUGUCUUGGUCCCCGCCCGCCGCGCUCCCCUGGCCACACCCUCCGCCUGGACGCAGCCACCUCGCUGCCCUCUCUCCACGAGGCUGCGGCCCGGGACCCCGGCUCUGACAGGGAAGAAGGUGGUGGUGGCUGGGGACCCCCACUUCAGAGAUCUGCCCUCACAGCCAGCUGUCAGCCCUGGUGGGGUUCUUGAAGCCAGAGGAGCCUGCUCAGGAUGUCGCCCUCUGGUCGCCUGUGUUUCCUCACUAUCAUCAGCCUGAUUCUCCCCACCAGAGGGCAGACAUCGACGGAGGCCACAUCCACUUCUGUAGCAGACCCAACUGCUGUGACUGUUCAUACCUUGACUCAAACCCCAGACACAGUCCACCCGGACCUGCAGCCCACCCCUCAGACCUCAGCCCUGCCGGCUGCUGUAGAAACAACCCCGAACAAGCCGGAGAAGGAGACCCAGACGCAGCGACUGACGGGAACAGAGGCACUUCUGACAACGGAUCCGGGGAUGGACAGGAGCCGCACGGAAGCUUCCAGCCACUCCACCAAUCCCACUGAAAGCACCACAACCUCCAAGAGGCGAUCCCCACGCAAAGAUGUGAAGAAGGACCCCGCCCCCAGGCCGGCUGGUUCCAGCGAGGACGACCCCUUCUCCUAUGACGAGGACACUCUCCGGAAACGGGGGCUGCUGGUCGCGGCCGUGCUGUUCAUCACGGGCAUCGUCAUCCUCACCAGCGGCAAGUGCAGGCAGUUGCCCCGAUUAUGCCGGAAUUACGACAGGUGAGUCCAUCGGAAGUGGGGCCGACGACCCGAUGGGCACCGAGACUGAGCCCCACCGGCCCCCUCCUCCCUGCAGAGCCGACUGAGUAGUCAGUAAAGCCCAGCCCGAGAGGGAAGAUGUGGAUGGAGCCAGAGCCGGGGCCCACGGCCCAGGCCCCCUCUCCUCCCCACCCUGCCUGCCCUGAAGUCGGCUGGCCCCCCGGGCAGCGCCCCCCGAGUUGUCCAUUCUGUUCAGACAACGAAUAAAGCACUGUGGUCCUGCC